CCCAUUCCCUCCCAACCCCCGAGGGAGGAGGGGAGAGUGGGAGAGAGGAGGGGGGUCGGGGAGGCCCGUCUUUAUAAAGGCGGCUGGAACAGCGCUGCCCGCCAGACCCCGCCGCCUGGAUCCCCUGCUUUGCCCGCCGCCCCACGUGACCGCGCCGACCACCAGCUCCACCUUUUAGCCCGCUCGCCAUGGCCCUCUUCGGGACCCUGUUUCUAGCGCUGCUGGCAGGCGCUCAGGCCGAGCUCCCCGGCUGCAAGAUCCGCAUCACCUCCACGGCGCUUGAGCUAGUGAAGCAGGAGGGUUUGCGCUUUCUGGAGCAAGAGCUGGAGACCAUCACCAUUCCGGACCUGCGGGGCCGAGAGGGCCACUUCUACUACAAUAUCUCUGAGGUGAAGGUCAUGGAGCUGCAGCUGACAUCCUCUGAGCUCCAUUUCCAGCCAGAGCAGGAGCUGAUGCUACAGAUCAACAAUGGCUCCUUGGGGCUGCGCUUCCGGAGACAGCUCCUCUACUGGUUCUUCUACGAUGGGGGAUAUAUCAACGCCUCCGCCGAGGGUGUGUCCAUCCACACCUCUCUGCAGCUCUCCCGGGAUCCCACUGGCCGGAUCAAAGUGUCCAACGUCUCCUGCCAGGCCUCUGUCUCCAGAAUGCAUGCAGCCUUUGGGGGAACCUUCAAGAAGGUGUAUGAAUUCCUCUCCAUGUUCAUCACCUCGGGGAUGCGCUUCCUCCUCAACCAGCAGAUCUGCCCCGUGCUCUACCAUGCAGGGACCGUGCUUCUCAACUCCCUGCUGGACACUGUGCCUGUGCGCAGCGCUGUGGACGAGCUCGUUGGCAUUGACUACUCCCUCCUGAAGGAUCCCGUGGCCUCCGCCAGCAGUCUGGACAUGGAAUUCCGGGGGGCCUUCUUUCCCCUGGCCGACGGCAACUGGAGCCUGCGCAAUCAGGCGGUGGAGCCCCAGCUGCCCGAGGAAGAGCGGAUGGUAUACGUGGCCUUCUCUGAGUUCUUCUUCGACUCUGCCAUGGAGAGCUACUUCCGGGCAGGGGCCCUGAAGCUGUCGCUGGUGGGGGCCAAGGUGCCCCAUGAUCUGGACAUGCUGCUGAGGGCCACCUACUUUGGGAACAUCGUCCUGCUGAGCCCGGCAGAGAUCGACUCUCCGCUGAAGCUGGAGCUGCGGGUCACGGCGCCACCACGCUGCACCAUCAAGCCCUCGGGCACCACCAUCUCUGUCACUGCCAGUGUCACCAUCGCCCUGGUCCCACCCGACCAGCCCGAGGUCAAGCUGUCCAGCAUGACCAUGGAUGUCCGUCUCAGCGCCAAGAUGGCACUCCGGGGGAAGGUGCUGCGCACACAGCUGGACCUGCGCAGGUUCCGAAUCUACUCAAACCAGUCUGCAUUAGAGUCGCUGGCAGUGAGCUGGGAAUGGGGGGGUGGGCCAGGGCUGGGGUUGAGGUGGGCAGCGAAGGCGAGCCCACCCUCUACGGGCUGCCCUGACUUCCUCCCUCCCCCCUCCCAGCUGAUCCCACUGCAGGCCCCUCUGAAGACCAUGCUGCAGAUCGGGGUGAUGCCCAUGCUCAAUGAGCGGACCUGGCGUGGGGUGCAGAUCCCACUCCCUGAGGGUAUUGACUUUGUGCGCGAGGUGGUGACAAACCACGUGGGUUUCCUCACCAUCGGGGCUGACCUCCACUUUGCCAAAGGGCUGCGAGAGGUGAUUGAGAAGAACCGGCCUGCCAACACCAGGGACUCCCGAGCACCCAGUGCCCCGCCACCCUCCAUGGCAGCUGUCUGAGUCCUCAACCCCGACCCUGGCAGCUGCAUUCAGGACUCCACCGUCUCUCAUCCCCUCCCUCACCCCGUCGCAGCCUCUAGUGUCCUCUAACCCCCAGUGCCACAGAGAAGAUGGGGUUUUAAGCUGUACCCAAUUUAAUUUCAUAAUCACAGUCAAUCCAUCAAUUACAGUCCGUCCACCCUC